AUAGAAUCCUUUUUUUUGUCUUGUCUUUUUUUUUUGUUGAUGAACAAGUGUUAAAAGAUUGAUUUCAACACUUUUCAUUCAUUCAAUUUAAUCGGUUUUUUUUCUCGAGUGAAUCUCAAACGAAAAAUUCUUCCCUUUGAAGAAAAAAAAUUCUAUUAUUAAAAAUGCCUGUUGAUAAACCAACCAUCAUAAAUGAACAACAGCAAUCAAUACCAACAAAACAAAAACGUUCAGCAUCACUGCAACCUGGUAGUUCAGCAGCUGAAGCAGUAAUCAAUCAUUCGAAUGAUAAAAAAUUAAAAAUUAUAUCGGAAAUAAAUGCACCACCAAUACGAACAGUAUCAACUGAAUUUGAUACCCUACCACCAAUGACACAGAUUUCGGAAAGUCCAUCCGAAUUAACACCGAUAACAAAAACUGAUUUAUCAAUGUUACCUGGUAUUGAUGAAACAUCACCAUUGUCACCGAAAUCACCAAUAAAAUUUCAACAAAAUAAUCUUCCAAAACAAUCAUCAACUGAAGCUGAAAAAGAAACAGCAGCCGUGAAAAAAUCUAAACCAUCAUCGAUAGCAAUUGAAUUGGAUUUUAAUCCAUCACCACCGCCGGAAAAACGAAAAAUAAUGAUGAAUUUACCAUCACCAUCAUCGCCAACAAAAAUCGAACAACAAUCGUAUUCACAAUCGAUUUCUGAUUCGCCCAUCACCGAAUCCAAAACAAAUGAUUCGAAAAUUGUUCCGGAAACAAAAUCGAUCGGUGAUCAAAACAAAUCAAAAAUUGAUUCAUCGAUCAAUCCAACAUCAAGUCCGAAACCAAUUUCAAACGAUACUAGUAGCAGUAAUAGUGAAUUAAGUAACCGAACAAUAAGUCUUAGUGAUCCUGAUUUAUAUUAUUUAAGUUUACCACCGAAUGUUAAAAUUGGUAAUCAUCAACAUGGUAAUGCUAAACCAAUUCAACCGAAAAUUGAUCAAACAUCCAAAAUGGAUCAUCAACAACAACAACAACAACAAACAUCAAAAGAUUCAACAUCAAAAAAAGAUUUAACAGCAGCAAAAUCGAUUGCUGCAUUACCAUCAAAUCAACAUGGACGACCACCACCAUUAUUAUCAUCAAUAAGUCGACAUAAAUCUGUUGCAAAUGAAAUAAAAUAUUCACCAUAUUCAACGGUACGUUCCAUUCGUUUUGAGCAUCCAAAAUAUGCCAAUUCAAAAUCAAUGAGAACAUUAUCCUUUGGUUCGCAACAACAACAACAUUCGAAAACAAUAUCAACACCUAAACAUCAUCAAAGUACAUUGAUAAAAUUUACACCCGAAACGGCUACUAUUGUUCCAAUAGCCGAUCGAACGGUUGAUCAAAAAUCACGUUAUGAUAUCCGGCAAGGUAUGCGUUAUAAAUCAACAAAUCUUUCACAUUUACAAAUGGCAUAUCAUUCGGAAUCGGAUAUAUCCGAUCAAACAAUACCCGAAAUUAAUAAUAAUUAUCUGGAUAAUAAUAAUGCAAGUGAUAAUGAAGCAAUGGCAAUUCUACCGAUUGAAGCAAGAGAAUUAUUAAUGCAAGAAGAAGAAGAUAGAAAAUCACGUUUAGCAAAAGAAAGUACAUCAUUAUUACGAAUACCAAAUUUAGGUGCACGACGUGAAAGUAAAUUUUUCCCCGGUAGAAUACGUAAACGUGUUAUAUUAAAAAAUGGUAAUAUUAAUCUUUGCCCGGAACAUGUUGAUAAACGUAGUCAAAGAUAUUUACAAGAUACAUUUACAACAAUGGUUGAUAUUCGUUGGCGUUGGAAUCUACUAGUUUUUGCUAUGGGUUUCCUAAUUAGUUGGUUUGGUUUUUCAAUCAUUUGGUGGUUGAUUGCAUUUUCACAUUCCGAUUUUGAACAUUUACAUGAUGAACAAUGGACACCAUGUGUUGCAAAUCUGAAAAAUUUUCCCAGUGCAUUAUUAUUUUCAAUUGAAACACAACAUACAAUUGGUUAUGGUUCAAGAUAUACUACGGAAGAAUGUCCUGAAGCAUUAUUUUUAAUGAUGUUACAAUCAAUUACCGGUGUUAUGAUACAAUGUUUUAUGGUUGGUUUUAUUUUCGCUAAACUUUCACGGCCACAAAAACGUUCACAAACAUUAAUGUUUAGCCGUUAUGCUAUUGUUAAUACACGUGAUGGACAAAUGUGUUUGAUGUUUCGUGUUGGUGAUCUAAGAGAUCGUUCACAUAUUAUUGGUACGAAAAUUUCUGCACAAUUAAUACGUAAAAAAAUGACCAAUGAAGGUGAAAUUAUACCAUAUUUUCAUCAAAAAUUAUCAGUAAAAUUUGAUGAAAUUGAUGAUGAAGUUUUUCUAAUAUGGCCUGCUAUUAUUGUACAUGUUAUCGAUGAAAAUAGUCCAUUCUAUAAGAUGAAUGUUGAUGAUAUGACCAGAGAGAAAUUCGAGAUAAUUGCCAUCCUAGAAGGAACUGUUGAAUCUACUGGACAAUCAAUACAAGCACGUACAUCAUAUCUACCAUCAGAAAUAUUAUGGGGACAUCGUUUUGAACAAUUAAUUCGUUAUCGUCAUGAUACUGGAGAAUAUUUAGUUGAUUAUUCAAAAUUUAAUAAUACAUUCGAUGUUGAUACACCAUUGUGUAGUGCAAAAGAAUUAAAAGAAGAAUUAGAAAAACAAAAACAAAUGAAUACUGAUGAUGAUGAUGAUUCGGAACAAGGUGGAAAUUAUUAACCGAAAAAACAUAGGUAUCUCUUCUUUUUUUUGAAAAACAAAACAACAACAAAUUAUCUCUUUUAAUCAACUAAUCUU